AGCCAGAGACUGAAGAUGUCGAAAGUGAAAGUGAAGAAGAGGCUGAUCCAGAAUUUGAAGUUAAUGGCUUAAUCGAUGAUGAAGCUAGUGAAGCCAGUGAUGAAGAGGAUGAAGAAGAGGAAAGUGAAGGAGAUGAUGAGGAUGAAGAAGCACUCAACGAACUUAUUGGUGAAGAAGAAGACGUUAAUGAAAGUGAUUAUAAUUCAUCCGAUUUUGAAAGUGAUGAACCAAAGGACGAAACAACUUCAAUCACCGAUAAAUUAACAAACGUCAAGAUUAGAACUUUAUCUAAUAAUAGCAAUGAUGAAGAAAUACAUACCAAGUUUUCUGAUGGUAGACCAAGAGUGAUUAAACCUGAAAUUGAACCAAAUUAUGAUAGCGAUGAUAGUGACGUUGAAAACUUUAAUACCAUAGGUAAUAUACCACUUUCAGCUUAUGAAGAAAUGCCUCAUUUGGGUUAUGAUAUCAAUGGUAAAAGAAUCAUGAGACCUGCUAAAGGUUCAGCAUUAGAUCAAUUAUUGGAAUCUAUUGACUUACCUGAAGGCUGGACUGGUUUAUUAGAUCAAAAUACUGGAUCAUCAUUAAAAUUAACUGAUGAAGAAUUAGAGUUAAUUAGAAAAAUUCAAGCUAAUGAAAAUACUGAUCAAAGCAUUAAUCCUUAUGAACCAACUAUUGAAUGGUUUACUUCAAAAACUGAAGUUAUGCCAGUAACUGCUGUACCAGAACCAAAAAGAAGGUUUGUUCCAUCAAAACAUGAAGCUAAAAGAGUCAUGAAAAUCGUUAAAGCAAUCAGAGAUGGUAGAAUUGUACCACCAAGUAAAGUUAAAGAAGAAAUUGAAGAAAAAGAUAAAUUUAACUUUGACUUAUGGAAUAAGGAAGAUGAAGUCAAUGAUCAUAUAAUGAAUUUGAGAGCUCCUAAAUUACCUCCUCCAACAAAUGAAGAGUCAUAUAAUCCACCAGAAGAAUACUUAAUGAAUGAUGAAGAAAAACAAAAAUGGUUAGAAACUGCACCAAUUGAUCGUGAAAAGAAUUUUAUACCUCAAAAAUAUGGAUCAUUACGUAAAGUUCCUGGUUAUGAAGAAAAUAUUAGAGAAAGAUUCGAAAGAUGUUUAGAUUUAUAUUUAGCACCAAGAGUUCGUCAUAAUAAAUUAAAUAUUGAUCCAGAUUCUUUAAUCCCAGAAUUACCAUCUCCAAAAGAUUUGAGACCAUUUCCUAUUCGUUGUUCAACAAUUUUUGAAGGUCACGAAGCAAGAAUACGUACCAUUUCAAUUGAUCCUCAAGGAUUAUGGUUGGCCACGGGUUCAGAUGAUGGUAGUGUUAGAAUUUGGGAAAUUUUGACCGGUAGACAAGUUCAUAAGAUACAAUUAGUUGACGUUGAAGAAAAUCCAGAAGAUCAUAUUGACAGUUUAGAAUGGAAUCCAGAUUCAGCCACUGGUAUUUUAGGGGUUGUUGCUGGUGAAAAUAUUUAUUUAAUUGUUCCACCAAUUUUUGGAUUUGAUAUUGAAAACAUUGGUAGAUUGAGAAUCGAAAGUGGUUGGGGUUAUGACACAUUUGGUAAUAAGAAGAAAGGAGGUGAUAUUCAAGUUGAAUCAGAUGAUGAAGAAACACCAAAAGAAUCUAAUUCAAAUAAUGAAAUUAAAAAAGAAGUAGCCAAAUGGUAUCCUCCUAAUUCUGAACAAUCACAAUUAGGUAUUUCAGCUAUUAUACAAUGUCGUAAAACAAUUAAAAAAUUAUCAUGGCAUAGAAAAGGUGAUUAUUUUGUAACAGUUUCACCAGAAAGUAAAAAUACUGCAGUAUUAAUUCAUCAAAUUUCAAAACAUUUAUCACAAUCACCUUUCAAAAAACUGAAAGGUAUUAUAAUGGAUGCAAAAUUUCAUCCUUUCAAACCUCAAUUAUUCGUUUGUUCACAAAGAACUAUUAGAAUUUAUGAUUUAUCACAACAAAGCUUAAUUAAAAAGUUAAUGCCGGGGGCAAGAUUAUUAUCAAAUAUUGAUAUUCAUCCAAGAGGUGAUAAUUUAUUAGCUGGAUCAUAUGAUAAAAGAGUUUUAUGGCAUGAUUUAGAUUUAAGUUCAACUCCAUAUAAAACUUUAAGAUAUCAUGAAAAAGCAGUUAGACAAAUUAAAUUUCAUAAAAGUAAUUUACCGCUUUUUGCAACUGCAUCCGAUGAUGGUAGUAUUCAUGUAUUCCAUGGUACUGUUUAUGAUGAUUUAAUGACUAAUCCAUUAUUAGUACCAUUGAAAAAAUUAACUGGUCAUAAAGUUAUCAAUAGUUUAGGAGUUUUGGAUUUAAUUUGGCAUCCAAAAGAAGCAUGGUUAUUUAGUGCUGGUGCUGAUGGUACCGCACGUCUUUGGACUACAUAGAUGUAUAUAUAUAUAUGUGAAAUAAAUAAUUUUUUCUAU